AGCAGACAUGGUGCCCCUGCUGCUGCUGCUGCUUCCUCUGCUGUGGGGGGGGUCCGUGCAGGAGGAGCCAGGCUAUGAGCUUGGAGUACAGGAAUUGGUGAUGGUGCAGGAGGGUCUGUGCAUCCACGUGCCCUGCUCCUUCUCCUACCCAUGGAGUUCCCGGUCUUCCUCUAGCAAACUCUACACCUACUGGUAUCGGCAUGGAGGCAACAAAGACUACAAUUAUCCUGUGGCCACAAACAACCUAAAUAAACAAGUGAUGUGGGAGACCCAGGGCCGAUUCCUCCUUGCAGACCCCAGGACCAACAACUGUUCCCUGAGCAUCAGAGAUGCCAGGCAGCGUGAUGCAGGAAUCUAUGUCUUUCGAGUGGAAAGAGGAUAUGAUGUGAAAUAUACUUACCGAGAUAAGAAGCUGACAUUACAGGUGACAGAACUGACACAGAAGCCAGACAUCCUCAUUGUGGAGCCCCUGAAGUCCGGCCACCCUACAGAGCUGACCUGCAGCCUGCCAGGGUCCUGUGAAGGGGGAAGUCCUCUCAUCUUCUCCUGGGCGGGAGCUGCUCUGGACUCUCUGAACCCCCAGAACCUCCACUCCUCAGUGCUCACCUUCACCCCGAGACCUCAGGACCAUGGUACCAACCUCACCUGUCAGGUGAAACGCCAAUGGCCUUUGGUGACUACAGAGAGAACAAUCUGGCUUAAUGUUUUCUAUGCCCCAAGGACCCUCACCAUAGGUGUGUCCUUCACAAAUGUCACAGUCCUCAAGAUUCUGCAAAACACCUCAUCCCUUCCCAUCCUGGAGGGUGAGGCUCUACAGUUGCUCUGUGUGGCUGACAGCAACCCCCCUGCACAGCUAAGCUGGUUUCGGGCAUCCCCAGCCCUGAACACCCACCCCAUCUCCAGCACUGCAAUCCUGGAGCUGCCUCCCAUGGGGACUGGGGAAGAAGGCCAGUUCACCUGCCAAGCUCAGCACUGGCUGGGUUCCCAAAAUAUCUCUCUGAACCUCUCCAUGGUCUACCCCCCACAGCUGUUGGGACCCUCCUGCUCCUGGGAGGAUGAGGGUCUGCACUGUAGCUGCUCCUCCCAAGCCCAGCCACCCCCCUUGCUGCGCUGGUGGCUGGGGGAGGAGCUGCUGGAGGGGAACUCCAGGAACAUCACUGCUUUGUCCAGCUCUGAGGGGUCCUGGGCCAACUGCUCCCUGAGCCUCCGUGUGGGGCUCAGGGCAGGCCUCAGACUCACCUGCGAGGCGGAGAAUGUCCAUGGGGCCCAGAGCGCUAGUGUCCUGCUGUUGCCAGGGCAGUCAGCAUCCACUUCCAGAGUGGUUCCUGCAGCUCUUGGUGGUGCUGGUGCCAUGGCCCUACUGUUCCUAUGUUUGUGUCUCAUCUCCUUUUGCAUAGUGAAAUUCCACAGGAAGCAAACAGUCAGGAGACGAAAGGUCACGAAUGAUGAAGACCCUGUCAGGGGCACAGUCCCUUGGGGUUCACAGCAAAAGUCCCAGCCAGACAGGCCCCCAGACCAAGCAUCACCCACCAAGGAUAUUCCUCCAUCAGGGGAACAGCAGGAGCUCCACUACGCCAACAUCAGUUUUCACGAGUUGAAGCCACAGGAGCCCCAGAACCAAGAGGCCACCAGCACCUCUGAGUACUCAGAGAUCAAGAUGACAAGCAAAUGAGGACUCACUCAGAGCUUGGUCCUGGCUGGAGGCAUCACAGCCUCUCUGGGGGAAAGAAGUUGGGGACUAGUUGGUGAAGCAUGAGACCUUGUGUAAAAUUAACAUUAGCCACAGUAAGAGCAUGAGCAGGCAGAGCAGAUAGAAGAAAGUGACGGGAUUGAAGAGACUUGGGCUUCAGUGCAGGCUUCAGUGCUUCCUACGACACUGUCCACAAGAGAUUCACUUAUUUUUUCUGUUCCUGUUUUCCAUUCUGUACAGCAGAGUUCAUGCAUCCUACUCAAAGGUGGCCGUGAGCAUUAAAGAAAUUAACACAUGGAAAU